AUAUGGCUGCUGGCGUUCGAUCAAAGCUUGAUAUGAAACAUGGUUUUAUGAAAAGUAUUAUACAAAAUCAAGUGUCCAGAGAUACAUAUGAUAAGGAAGUGAAAGCUAAACUUAAUGAGAAACCAAGACAUAGGCAAAGUAAAGCAAAGAAACCUGAUCUUAAUGUGUAUAUCCCACCUACAAAGUUGAAAGAAAUAUUUCUGUUGGAAUUUGAAGAUAAGGAUGGUUCUAUAUACAAGACCUCUGUGUGUAAGAAUGACAGUGCAAGUGCCAUAGCCCAGAAAAUCGGAGAGGAGAGGAAUUUACCUGCUGACUACAUAACAGCAUUAGAAGAACGACUGGACCAUGAAAUAUCCAUCCGUGAAAGUCACGAGUCUGACUCAAACAGCUGAUUGUUCAACAGCCAGUCUUUAUUGGCUAGCAAUGCCUUCCUUCUGAAGCCUUGUGUGGCAUUAGACAUUCCCAGAUUUAGCUACAUGGACGUGUGGUAGCAUUGUUUCUCCAAAAUGCGGAACACUGAAGACUGAAAAAUAAAAAUUCAGCCAUCAAGAUAUUUAAAAGAAAGGAGAAAAAUGCUUUGAAAUUUCAACUUAAUGUUCAGGACAGAGAGUAAUAUGACCUUAGCUUUUCCCCUGCAUCUCAGUUGUAUAUUAUGUUAGUGUUACAUGUGACUAGCUUUUUUUGAUAAAAGCUGAUUUUUCAGUGAAUGUUUGUUGUUUGGUUUUAGCAAAAAUGGGCAGCAGGCCAGACAUACUAUCCGUUACUUUUUGAUAGUAAAUAUUCUCAACGUUUGGUUGUUUUUGUUUUGUUUUUUUUUUUUGCCCUUGGUUUGUUUGAAAUAUAAUUUGAUACAAGAUUUUUAGCAGAGCCAUUACAAUCUGUGCUUAAAACUUAUU